AUGCACCCGCGCAAGCGCACCCAGCCGGGAGACUGGGCCCUGUCCAACCCGCUCCGUCCUCCCGCUCUCCGCCAGUCCGACCUCGCCUCGUCCCUCUUUGCAAAGCCCUUCUCGCGCCAGACGGCCCUCGAGGCCCACCACUCGUGCGUCAACGCCCUCGCCCUCUCGAACGGCGACGACCCGAGGUGGCUCGCCACCGCAGGCGACGACCAGCGUGUCCUCCUCUGGAACGCUCUCGCGCACACCAACGGCGACGACGACCACCACAACGGGCUUGCUCCAGACCCAGUCGGCUGCUACCGCGGUGCAAGGUCCAACAUCUUCGCCAUCGCCUUCACGGCCGACAACUCGCGCAUCCUGUCGUGCGGCAACGACGCCACCAUCCUCGCCCACGACCUCGAGACGUCGAGCCGCACGUUCCCGCACAACCUCGACGAGGGCGUCCCUCCUCUCGACGCCUGGCUCGACCACGAUGACGCCGUCAUGUCGCUCUCGGCGCACCCGCACAACCCGCACCUCUUCCUCUCGGCCUCGACCGACGGCGCCAUCCACCAGUACGACUCGCGCACGUCGCCCGGCCUCGUCGGCACCAUCGUCGACACGUACGGCAUGAACGACGUCGUGCAUCACCCGGUCACGCCAGAGCUGUUCGUCUACUCGGCCGAGCUGGGCCAUGUCGCGCUCGUCGACGGGAGGAUGGCGUGGAGCGACGCGGGCGCAGAGGGGGCAAAGAUCGCGAGCGAGGUCGCUGUCGUUCGCUACGAGACGACCCUCUCGCGCCUCGCGCCGACUUCCUCCUCGCCCGCACCCGAUCCAGCUCGCGCGCCGACCCAGACGGCCCGCCCCAACGUCUCGUCGAGUGCCCUCUCGCCCUCGGGCAACCUCGUGUGCGCCACCCUGUCGGGCCACCUCCCGACCCUGUACGAGCUCUCGGACCCCGUCCCGCUCGCGACAUUCUCCGCGCCCGCCCUUUCCUCUCCCGCUCCACCUGCACCUUCCGCACCCUCGUCAGGGUAUCGCAACACGACGACGACCAAGCACGGGUCGUUCGGCGGCGGGCGAGGCGCCGAGCCCGGGCGCGGCCUGUACUAUGCGGCGGGGAGCGACGACUUUGGAACGUACUUGUGGGAGGUGCCGAGGCUCGAGGUGCUCAGGGAGGGGAGGAGGGAGGUGAGCGUCGACGAGCUCGAGAAGGGGCAGAUCGCUUUCCCGCACACGUGGACAACUCGCAUCGACGACGACCCUCUCUCCCUCUUCCGGCCCCUCCCCGACCGUCUCACGGUCCCCGCCCUCGUCUCGCCCGCCCACGCGACCCUCAAGGCCCACCGCUCGAUCGUCAACACGGCCCUGUUCCACCCGACGCUCCCCGUCCUGUACACGUCGGGUGUCGAGAAGCUCGUCGUCCAGCACGAGGCGCACCUCCCUGGCUCGGGCCUCUCGCGCCCUCGCUCCACUACCACCACCCCGGCGCCGGCGCGCCGCACGUGGCGGUACGUGCCGCGUGAAGCGGCGCGCUCGACCAGCAUCGCCGACCUCCUCGUGCGCGCCAACGCGACGCUCGAGCCCGACCCGUCGUCGUCGUCGUCGGGCGGCGGCGGUGGCGGUCCGAGCGCGAGCGCGCGCGAGCGCGAGCGCGUGCGGGGCGAGGACGACGCCGAGCGGCGCCGUCGCGCCGAGGACACGGCCGUGCUCGAGUACUUUGACGGGCUCGUCGCCGAAGAGGCGGACGGCGAGGAGCUGUGGCGCGAGCGGGGCGACGACGACGAGGACAUGAGCAGCGGCGAGGAGGAGGCGCUUGCGCUGAGGGAGAUCGACGAGGAGCGGUGGGCGGCUGAGGAGGGCUGGGGCACGUAGUGCG